GUUUCCUUCUAGGAAGGCAUCUAUUACCUUGCUGUGGUGAUUCCGGGUCUGAGCGUGAAUAAUUCGAACAGCGGCUGUGGCAAAUGCCUUCUUGAUGUGAAUCAGCGCUCAUUUUGGGCUCGGACCCGUGUAGUUAGAUGGAAUCUCCGCUCUACCCUAUCGGUCCGAAGUACUUCCUGCGUCAGCACCGAGCAUCGUCCGCCUAGCCAGCACAUACAUCGAUUGCACUCUUCUCGAAGUCGGUUCCAUGGCUCAAAAACCAGUCGUCCAAAUCCCUCCGGGGACUGCGUCAGUGCUUGUCAAGCUCAUUAAUCCGGUCAACUUUGGGCCGGCGCAGAUUCAAAGGUUUAUGGCGCCACCAGUUCCUGGACUCAAGACAUUCCAGUCGUCGCCUUCGUUCUCCUUUCUAUUGGAGCAUCCAUCUGGACGAAAAUUGGUGUUUGAUCUCGGGAUUCGGAGAGAUUACCAAAACUACUCCAAGAUGAUUGUCGAUUAUUUACCAAGCACCGAAUAUGACAUCGAUGUAACGAAGAAUGUAAUUGAGAUACUUGAAGAGAGUGGCGUAAGUGGUCGAGAUGUUGAAGCCGUAAUCUGGAGCCAUUGGCAUUGGGAUCACAUUGGGGACCCUUCAUCGUUCCCGGCUUCGACUGAUUUGAUUGUUGGAGCUGGCUUCAAGGAAGCAAUGCUCCCUGGCUACCCUAAAAACCCGGAUUCGCCAAUCCGAGAGAGCGACUACGCAGAUCGAAAGCUCCGGGAAAUUUACUUCCAUGGGCUGAACAGUUUGCAGGUCGGGCGAUUUCCUGCAUUCGAUUACUUUGGUGACGGGUCUUUCUAUCUGUUAGAUAGCCCUGGCCAUGCUAUUGGGCAUCUUUGCGGCCUCGCCCGCACUACAAUGAAUCCCGACACCUUUGUUCUUUUAGGUGGCGACAUUUGCCACUACCCUGGAAUAUUUCGGCCAUCUGCACAUCUUCCCGUUCCAAUCUCUAUCUCUCCCCACCCUUGCCAUCUCCACAGCAGCGUACCCUUCUGCCCUGGAAGCUCAUUUGUCGAGCUACAAAAAUCGCGGAACCGGAAACCUACCGAUACGCUCUACGACAUGACCUUCGGUCAUGACAUUCCACGUGCAACUGAAACAAUGCGCCAUCUGCAAGAGCUUGACUGCGACGAGAACGUAUUCGUAAUCAUUGCUCAUGAUUCCACUGUCAGGAAUAAGGUAGACCAUUUCCCCAGGAGUCUUAAUGACUGGAAAAAACAAGGCUGGGGGAAGUCGUUAAAGUGGGCAUUCUUCCGGGAUCUUGAAGCUUACUGGAAAGAGAAGGGCUUGGUCUAAGACGGCGUUGGAAAAAGAAACCUGUAGAUGCAACGAAUUGAAUCAAUACUACGUGCUAGACGGCAUCUGUUUGCUUUGCCAUGAUUCCUUCAGACUAGGCAUCGGCACAACUCUCGGCUUUCUACAUUGGG